UUAAAAAAUAAAAUGCCUGGGCGUCUAUUAGAGAGCAUUAAAAAAAUUUUUUUAAUAAAAAAAAAUUUUUUUCAAAGAUCAAAUUAUCCAACAAUCCAAAAUAUAGUCAAAGAAACACCAUUAGUAUUUGUUAAUGUAGACGAAUUUGUAGACUUUCCCCGUCCAAUAAAUCCAAAUGUUGUGUAUAUUGGAGGUUUAGGCUUUAAUAAAAUAACAACAACAACAACAUUAAAAGAGCCUUACUUAACUGAAAUAAAUAAAGGAAAGGGAACAAUUUAUUUUUCUUUGGGCUCGUUAUUAAAUACUUUUACUUUACCUAAUAAUUUUAUGAAAAAUUUAUUUGCUUCGUUUGGAAGUUUAAAAGAAUGGCAUUUUAUUGUUAAAAUUAGUGAAGGUGAUGAACAUAGUUUAGAAAUGUCGAAAAAUUAUUCUAAUGUUUUUUUGACGAGUUGGGCACCGCAGAGAGCGAUUUUAGAACAUCCAAACACCAAAUUAUUUAUUAGUCAUGGUGGUUAUAACAGUUUAAUGGAAGCAGCAUUAUCUGCAACUCCAAUAAUUAGUUUUGGAUUUUUUGCAGAACAAAGACGGAAUAGCCUAGUUCCCGAAAGGAAUGGAUGGGGGAAAAGUUUUAAUAAAGCGCUUUUGUUAAAUGGAAAGGAGGAAUUUGUGGAGCCUUUCUCUGCCAGAGAAAAAUUGAUAAAAAAUAUUCGCUUUUUGGAACAAAAUGGAGGUUAUUUACCAGAAUUACUGUCCGAAGCAAGAAAUUUAAAUGUUUUUCAACUUUACAAUUUGGAUAUUUUGAUAAUUUUGGGAAUUUUAAUUUUUGGAGUUUUAAUUAUUUGUGUUUUAUUAAUCAAAUAUUUGUUGAAUUUAUUUAGUGCCUUUUUCAGAUUUAAUAAAGACAAAAGGGAAUAA